CGCUGCUAUCGCGGCCGAGGAACUUGGAGGGGGACCACGCUGCUGUGGCUGCACAUGUUCUCGCGCGCUUGCGAGCGAAUAGAGGCAUCCUGACGCUGGAGGAGCCCAAGGCUCAAUUGAUGUCUAGAAAUGCCUUGAUUGGAGUCGCACGUAUAGGAUGCUCUUGCGACGGGGAAAUAAAUGACCAAAGAAUUCCAGCGCGUCACAAACCAAACAUGACGUGCCUCGAAAACACGGGGAACUCGUUGAUUGGAGUGGAGGAAAUGGGCCGUCCUACAGGCGCUGUGCAAGUCGCAAAAAAGCUGGCAAUCCUGGCGCACAAGAAUACUCUUGAUGGCUGUCGACUCGGGAGACGAAAGGGAGAAGGAAGCAGUAAGCAGCACGCAGGAAAAGGCUGCCUCAACUCGACCGUUCCAACAUGCCUCCUCGUCCAGCUCAUAAGCUUUUGCAACCUUCCAGCCAUGACGAUCAUGUCCGUGCGCUACCAUACAACGAUUGGGAUGCCGCAACGGACAGCCAUCACCAUCGAACUCCCACCUGCCUCGGUUGUGCUGAUGGAAGUGGCGCUCAAGAGGAAUGUUGUGUCUCGCAUUUCCUUGUUUGCGCCGUCUCAAUCUGGCCCUCUCAACUCCAGCUUUCAACCCUAUACCACAUCAAAAUUGCUUAAAUGCUCGGUCCAACAAUUGAUGAAGCAUUCGCGUCAUUCACCCGCAGAUCUGUUUGCUCUUGGCCAAUCUUUGAAGCCUCCACAUGAAUUUGUCAAUUUUGAAAUUUGAUGCUUAAAGAGACAGUUCACUAUUCGACAAACCAUAUGGAAGCGGCGAAUACUGUUCAUGGUACUAUGAUGGAAAGAAGUGUCACGAAAAGAGCGCCAACAAGCAGUUGACCUCCCAA